AUGAAAGUGACAUUGUUAUCUGCUUUGCUCAUCGCAUCUGCGUCUGCUGAUGACGCCUGUCUGAAAGCAGUUGGAUUGUCCAAUUGCCGAGCUCGAAGAUGGCCGCCCGCCCACGAGAGCGACUGUUCCUCAUUCCUACGAUACACUUCGAUCCCUUCUGCGACGACUGUGACUGCGACUGCGGAGCAAUCGACCGUGACACUGAAGGAUACCGAGACUCUGGGCCCGGAGACGGAUGAGGCGACUGCGACACAGUCCGAUCAAACUGCCACUACCAGCGUUACUUCCGACCCUGUGACCGUUUACGUUGCUGUCACCCCCACCAAGACUGUCACUGUGACUAUUACACCAGACCCCUACCUGGAGACCGACGUAAACACCAGGACAGUGGUUCAGACUGACGUGAACACUGUUACGGAGACAACUUACUAUGGCCUUCCCUCCAAGCGUGCAAUUGCCGCUCGAUCCACCAAGAACAUCAUCAAGCCAACGGACAUUCCCUCAUAUGCUGGAUCAUGCACAGAUGCUGAGCAGUACAGCAGCGCUUGUGCCUGUAUGGGCGUUAUAGAGACUACCAUCGAAGCAACUGGUUCUAUCGUCACUGAGACUGUUGUGCCCCAUCCUGAGACGGUUGUCGAUGUCCACACUGAAACCCAACCUGCGGUGACCAUCACCACGACCCUCCCAGCCAAGACUCGAACUGUGACUGUCACUCUCCCUGGACCUCAAAUCACCGAGACGACCACCGCAGAUGCCACCACAGUUUCGACCUCAUUUACCGCUGAACAGGAUACUAUAAUCACAACGCAGCAAGCCACGGAGGUCGACAAGACUACAUCAGUCACGACCAAGACCCGCUCCGUCGGACCGAUCUGCACCGCCUACACGCCUCAGAGCUCAUGCCAAUGCAAGUUCGAGGUUCUUUGCGACACAGCAGUUGACGUUACUGAGUCAGUUUUCUUCAGACGAAUAGACUUCAACACUUAUGUUGGAAGCUUUGAAGAGUGUAUGCAGCGCUGUGACAACAACCCGAGCUGUCAGUUUGGUGACUUUGCAGGACUUCCAAAUGGUGGUCUUUGCUCAAGCUAUAGUGGAAAUCCGGGAGACUCUGGCACUGAAUCUCAAAGCGGAACUAAGUAUUUUGAGAAGGAUGGAAAUGUUGAUUGCUCGUCUUGUUCGUCAUAG